ACCAGUUAUGAUCUGAAUAAUGAAUGAGUGUAGAGUGUAACUCUGAUUAGUGCAAACAGAUAUUAUUCCGGGUCAAAAUAACGCGACCGCUUCCGGAUAAAAAUUACAAUUGACGUCUUGCUUUUGAACCUCAUGGAAUUUUGUGGGAUUGAAUGAAAAAGUGGGAACGGGUAUAAGGUUUUGCCUUCUAGUUAUUUUAAGUGUCUUCAAAUGCCUAAAAGUAAAAGGAACUAUGGUUAUACUUGAAUGAAACGCUUGAAUGUAUCUUCCACUCGGAUGUUUGUGAGCAGUAUAGUUGUAAAGGUGAUUUUCCAAAGCAGCUGUCGCCGCAAAAGCAACGCGCGUGCAUUUUUUGCAAGGAUAACUAGUUCAACACGUGUUGGCCUUUUUUACAGCGAGUACAGAAAAAACAAUACUAAUAUCCUUGGAAUAUAGAUUUUUGAUUUUUAUAUUAUAAUUAUGGACUAUACCUGAAGGAUUUAGUAUGUUUCUGGUGUGGGUGACGUUUGAUUCAGACCAGGGUCAAAAGGAUGGACAGUAUUAUUGGGUCUGUUGGUCGAGUAGCCAAUGUAAAGGUCCGGAAUGAUGACGAUUUGGUAGAUCGCCUCAAUCAUUUCUACACCACAGGCAUACUCAUCAUAUUCACCGUGGUGGUUAGUGCCCGCCAAUACGUCGGAGAUCCCAUCCGGUGCUGGUGUCCGGCGGAAUUUCCGGGUACUCACGUGGAUUACACGAACAAUAUAUGCUGGAUCUCUAAUACUUAUUACAUACCAUUAGACGAGAUGGUGCCGCCACAACAUCAAAUACAUUUGCGGAGAGAAAAAGAGCUGAACUACUAUCAGUGGGUUCCGGUAAUGUUACUUGUGCAGGCACUCAUGUUUUAUAUUCCCUGUAUCAUUUGGCGGAUUUUAAAUGGCCAGUCGGGAAUAAAUGUGGACAGAAUCGUCAGUCUUGGUAGUAAUGCUCAGUUUGAAAGUCCAGAAAAUCGAGCUCGGACUAUAAAAUACCUUGUGAAACACAUUGAUAGAUGUCUUUCAAAUCAACGAGAUACGAGAGGAACAUGUUGUGUGCAACUACGACAUAUUUUGUCCACAAAACUAUCCAUACUAUGUGGCCGACGGUAUGGAAACUUUCUCAUGGCAACGUAUUUCCUCAUGAAAGUUAUGUACAUUGCCAAUGCAAUUGGGCAGUUGUUCCUGCUCAAUGAGUUCCUAGGAACAGAUUAUAAUGUCUAUGGAUUCCAAGUAUUAGACGAAUUAGUUAAUGGAAAAGAGUGGUCUGGAUCGCACAGAUUUCCUAGAGUGACUCUCUGUGAUUUCCAGAUUCGCCAAGUGACCAAUUUACAGCAGUAUACAGUACAGUGUGUUCUGCCAAUUAAUCUCUUUAACGAAAAAAUAUACAUUUUUAUGUGGUUUUGGCUUGUUUUUGUAUGCAUAUUUUCGUGCUACAGUUUAACUAAUUGGAUGUGGCACAUGGUCGUUCCAGCUACGAGGAUUCAUUAUGUGCGAAAAUUCUUGAAGUUGAUGGAACGGUUAGGUACAGGACCGGACCGAAAACUCGCGACACGGUUUGUACUGGAUUAUUUGAGACAUGAUGGAGUGUUCACGUUAAAAUUAAUCGGAAAGAAUUCUAGUGACAUAGUGGUGGCGGAAAUCAUUGCAGAGUUAUGGGACAUGUACCGUAGCAAGAAAUGUAUCCAGAUAAGGACUAAUAACCAAAAUUCUGGACAUGAGACGGAAGAGGCGGAUGUAUGACUAGAUAACGGUAGGAUACCACGUGGUUUGAAUGAACAGUUGGAAGAAAAAGAAAUGGAAGAUGACGUCACACAAGUGUAAAAGGAGUUCUGCGGGAAUGGAGCAUGGUUAAUUAUGGUUAAUUCGACCAUAAUCGCUCUGAGUUGUGAAUGACUCGUAUGGAUCAUCUGUGUACUCUAAAGAACGUUUGCAACAACUAGACCAAUAUCUCCACUCUUACGAUGGCUUUGAUACAAUUGCAGGUUGCACAAAGGGUGAUAAUUCCUUGCUUAGACUACUAGUAAAAUAAAAAGAAAAGGAAAUCGAAGACAAAAAUAUAGAUACAUGUAGUAGCAAAAAAUGAAAUUUUAAUGAAUCUGAAAAAGGGACAAGGAUUUUUAAAAUAAAAAAGAUGCUCAAAUAAGAACUCGGAAAAUUAGAAAAUGUUCAAUGAAAUUUUUAUAACGUUAUAAGAAUUCCAAAUUUUUAGAAAUCCACAAUCGACAUUUGCACAAUGUCUUCCUAUAGCGUAUAAGAUCUACACCUUCUAUGCAUUUGUCGCGUUGCCUUCACUUAACAAAAUAGCUCAGGAAGACCAGGACGAAAUUUUCGCAAAGAAUCUCCUUCUUAACAAACUUGGUGACUAUAGCACAGAUCAUUCCAGUGUAGGGGAAACGUCAGUGUAAAAUUAACAAACAUACAAACGUGAAUUUCAUAUGGGAGGCGUGCCAAAAUCUUCAUUAAGGCCUUAAACUGAAAACUGAUUCAUAUGCAAUCAAAUGUUUUGCACAGACGUAAAAAAAAUCUCCAAGGAGGUUCCUGUACAUGUUUGAAAUCCACCACGUGAUCAUAGAAAGCACAACAUCCAAAGUUUGAACCAAAUAUGACAAAACUCUAAAGGUGCUAUUACAUUGCUUUUUACAUUAUCAUCAUGUGUUUAAGAGGUGUUUGUAAUAUUUUUCAUUCUUCUAAAGAAAGCCGAGCUUUUUGUCAUUCAUGUUUCAUUUUUCUUCAUACAUUUUGCCUGAGUAAUGCCAGAAAUAUAGAGCCAUAUGUUGCUUUACAGUUAGUUGGUAGUUUGAAUUUAAGAUGAAUUGGCUUUUGAAUUUUAAAACAGAGAUUUUGAAUAAUAGAAUUAAUUUUAA